AUGCAUUCCUUAUCAUUGCUUUUCACUGUUGGCAGUUAUCUCCUAGCCGGGCCUUGGGGGGCCGCGAACGCUUUGCCACAGGGCACUGCAGCAUCUAUACUUGUGCCCUUCCUAGCCAAGGAGUUCGAAAAGAUCUUCGGACAGCCACUCUCUUGCUGCGGAUCGCUCGAAAAUUGUCAUGGAUUUAAAAACGCGGAGGGUAACCCGAACAGAUUCCACGCCUGUUUUAGAAAAUACCGAAUACCGAUUAAGGGCUUCAUAGCCCCGGGUGCUCAGGAAUUCUCCGCAGAGGACGUCGAAAUCGCCAAGUGCCUUACAAAUCUGCACUACAGGCAAACGGAUGUUUGCAUUUCUGUUCAGGGGAGCAGUUGUGAUAACAAUGGAUAUACCGCUCGAGGUGGACGAAUUUAG